AUGGCCAGGAUUAACGAGAAAAGUCAAGGCGCUAGUCAGAUCGAGAAACUAACAGACGCUCCUUUGGAGUUUGUCAAAGAAGGUCAACAAUUUUUGGCCAAAUGUAAGAAACCAGACGUUAAGGAGUACACGAAGAUCGUGCGUGCGGUUGGAAUCGGUUUCGUGGCUGUCGGUGUGAUUGGCUACGCUAUCAAACUUGUGCACAUCCCAAUCAGAUAUUUGAUCGUCUAA